CAUGUUUGUGCCCCUUCGUUUCGAGAGAUGGUGGCGCUUCGCGAACUUCCUGCACCAUCGGUCCGACGCUGAAAGUUCUUUGCACGCGGGUCGUCCGGAUACAUUUCCACCACGAGCUUUCUCGCUGCGGCUACUUCCCCCCAAGUUGACCGACGAACUCCAACCGGUCGAUGCCGGCUAUGGACGCCUCCUCAAAGCCGAAGUUGGUAACGAGCUGGAUGAAUUUCUUGGGCACGUGGAAAACCUUUGUCUGUGGGAGACCAACAACGAUGCAGCUGGUGCAAGGCGAAUCCUUUUCACGCGAUUCAUUGCAAGGGCGGUCGCGCGAAUGGACGCUCGGCCUAGGUACCGCCAUCACCUGUUCGAGAAGACCGGACUGGCGAUGACGCAGACGGGUCAUUGGACGACCGCAUCACUCCGGAGGGUGUAGUUUGGGCGUACAACUUCAUGGACGGGGGCACGAGCAGUGACGAGGAGAUGCCCGACCAGGAUGAUG